AUGUUACUAAGCCCUACCAUCCCAACCCCCAUAGACAAGACAAGGUCACACAGCCCUCCCAUCCCAGCCCCAAUAGACAAUGUUACUAAGCCCUACCAUCCCAACCCCCAUAGACAAGGUUACACAGCCCCUCCCAUCCCAACCCCAAUAGACAAUGUUACUAAGCCCUACCAUCCCAACCCCCAUAGACAAGGUUACACAGCCCUUCCCAUCCCAACCCCAAUAGACAAGGUUACACAGCCUUUCCAUCCCAACCCAUACGGCAAGGUUAAACAGCCUUACUAUCCCAAUCCCUCCCUCAAGGUUACACAGCCCUCCCAUCCCAAUCCCUCCCUCCAGGUUACACAGCCUUACUAUCCCAAUCCCUCCCUCAAGAUUACACAGCCUUACUAUCCCAAUCCCUCCCUCAAGGUUACACAGCCUUACUAUCCCAAUCCCUCCCUCAAGGUUACACAGCCUUACUGUCCCAAUCCCUCCCUCAAGGUUACACAGCCUUACUAUCCCAAUCCCUCCCUCAAGGUUACACAGCCUUACUAUCCCAAUCCCUCCCUCAAGGUUACACAGCCUUACUAUCCCAAUCCCUCCCUCAAGGUUAAACAGCCUUACUAUCCCAAUCCCUCCCUCAAGGUUACACAGCCUUACUAUCCCAAUCCCUCCCUCAAGGUUACACAGCCUUACUAUCCCAAUCCCUCCCUCAAGGUUACACAGCCUUACUAUCCCAAUCCCUCCCUCAAGGUUACACAGCCUUACUAUCCCAAUCCCUCCCUUGAUGUUACACAUCCUUACUAUACCAAUCCCUCCCUCAAGGUUACACAGCCUUACUAUCCCAAUCCCUCCCUCAAGGUUACACAGCCUUUCCAUCCCAGCUCUGCUGAUAAGGUUAAACAGAUUUUCCAACCCAACCCCUCCCUCAGCUUUUUCAUCCCAACCCCCAUCGACAAGGUUAAACAGCCCUCCCAUCUCUACACCAUCUGGCAAGUUGCAGAAUCUGCACGGCCCGAUGACCCGGAUCCAUUGUCCAUGUACAUUUACCCACGUCUCGUGAUCGUAAAACGAGAGGACCACAACCAUGCAGCAUUCUACCCUCCACUAUCACGCAGGAGAGCGAAAAGGGAGGAGUUUUCAGGGGAGAUAAUUCUGGAGUUUGUGAAAGAUUACUUAAAGAAUCCAAGGAAGUGGAUUGUUGAUUCAGAACACUUCUAG